AUGGUUGCGCGCAGGGCCGCGAGCAGUGACCCAGGCAAUAUUGGCUUUCCAUACCACGCCAUUGGUUGGAUUGUUGAUCCUAACGAUGUCAAUCGCCUUAUGCCCGUCGGUGCCCCAGGCGAACUACUGUUGGAAAGUGCGAGCCUUGCUCAGGGCUAUAUUGGCCGUGAAGAAGAGACACAAUCCACUUUUGUCGGGCGUCCCACCUGGCGGGAACAGGUGCUCCCCUGUAGCCCGGGCAGUCGGUUCUUACGCACUGGAGACCUUGUCAGGUACGAGCCCGAGGAUGGGUCGUUUUGUCUGCUCGGCCGCCAGGGAAACAGAGUAAAGAUCAGGGGCCAGCGCCUCGAGCUGGGGCAGGUUGAGAAUAGUCUGCACGAGUGUAUCCCAGCCAGGGGUCUUAUUAUUGCCGGUAUCAUACACCCACGGGCUGCAAAGGAGCCUAUGCUGGUUGCGUUUGUCGCCGGUUCUGGGAGCAAGGGCAGUGCUAAGCAGGACGAGGACUUAUUUCCUGCACCAACGGACGAGUUUCGCCACGAGGCGCGAGAGGCACUGAGAAAGCUGCACCACUCUCUUCCUAGCUUCAUGGUACCGAACACGCUGUUGCCGAUCAGCUUUAUUCCGCGGACAGUAACCGGCAAGGUUCAUCGGCGCCACCUUUACGAGCAGGCCUCUGGUCUGUCGCAGAGUGAACUAUUCUCAUACGUUUCAUCUCGGCCAUGCUACCGACCCCCGCAGACCGGAGAUGAAGUCAAGCUUCAGCGCGCGUGUGCACAGGUUCUCCAGAUUGCUGUCGAGUGUGUGGGAAUGGAGGACAAUUUUAUCGAGCUAGGAGGACACUCACUAACCGCUGGACAAUUGGUGUCGGUGGCCCGCGCAGACGGCCUUCAGCUCAGACUGUCUCAAGUAUUGCAACAGCCGACCCUGGCCGCUCUAGCCCAGGAUGCAGGCAAACUUCCGGUGAAUAUGGGGCCCAACUCUACUGAAACAGACCCAUUUCGCAGUCUUCGCGAGCAUGUCCGGCGACAGAUCAUCCCCGGUAUUGACAUGUCCACGGUUGAGGAUGUCUUGCCAACUCUCCAUUCCCAAAUGGCAUUCGCUCGGGACCAUUGCGUCGAUUUCUUCAUCUUCCGCGUUGAUGGCCCUCUAGACAGUGUACUACUGGGCGAGGCAUGGACAGCGCUUGUGAACAAAUUGCCUAUUCUAAGGACUGUCUUUCCCACCAUCCAGGGGGAUAUAGUCCAGCUCGUCCUUCGCGAAAUCCCGAGCUCAAUCAACGUUGUUGAACCUGCCGGCACCGACGGCGUGGAACUGUAUGCACAGAAGCUCUGUAAGGCCGGACAGGAAACUCAUUAUCGUGUGGAUUCCCCCACCGUGCAACUGACACUGGUGCAGGCACCAGCAGAUCCGGGUGCCAGUGCGCUUGUACUUCGCCUUUGCCAUGCCCAGUAUGAUGGCAUGUGUCUCGAGAAGCUCAUGCACAGCCUUUUCGCUGCCUACCAUAAUAGGUCCAUUGAGGUGCAAUCAGACUUUGCGCAGUAUACGCACGCCUGCCGUCAGCUCCGGACCCCCGAGGCCAUGUCGUUCUGGCGCCAACUAUUAACGGACGCGUCUCCCACACAAUUAGACGCUUCGGCCCAUUGCAGCGAACCUGAUCCUAUCCUUUCGUCCAUGAGAAUGUCGUACACACGCGAUAUCCCCAAUCUUCCCACUCCACGGGCUUUCACUCUGGCGACAUGUGUCAAGGUGGCCUGGUCCUGGGUUCUACGUCAGGAGACGGGUCACGACGACGUUGUCUUCAGCCAGCUGGGCAGUUGCCGAGAGAGAGUGCCUCUUCCAGCGGCGAACAGUGUCAUCGGCCCAUGCGUCAACUCCACUCCGGUGCCUGUCUAG